AUGGCUGAUGCGAAUGCAGAAUGCAAUAUCAAGGUGCUGUGUCGAUUUCGUCCGAUGAACCAGUCCGAAAUCACCCGAGGAGAUAAGUUCAUUCCAAUAUUUCCAGGAGAAGACACUGUCAUCCUCGGGGGGAAGACGUACGUGUUCGACCAGGUGUUCCCCACCAACACCACCCAGGAACAGGUCUACAACACCUGUGCCAAGCAGAUUGUCAGAGAUGUGCUGGGUGGAUACAAUGGGACCAUCUUUGCCUACGGGCAGACUUCCUCGGGAAAGACGCACACAAUGGAGGGAAACCUUCACAAUCCCCAGGGAAUGGGAAUCAUUCCCCGGAUCGCUCAGGACAUUUUUGAACAUAUAUUUGCCAUGGAUGAGAACCUUGAAUUCCAUAUAAAGGUAUCCUACUUUGAGAUCUACUUGGAUAAAAUCCGGGACCUGCUGGAUGUGACAAAAACCAACCUUUCAGUGCACGAGGACAAAUACAGAGUUCCUUAUGUGAAGGGCUGCACCGAGCGUUUUGUCACCAGUCCUGAGGAAGUGAUGGAUGUGAUAGAUGAAGGAAAGGCCAGCCGUCACGUUGCUGUCACCAACAUGAACGAGCACAGCUCCCGGAGUCACAGCAUCUUCCUGAUAAACAUCAAACAGGAAAACGUGGAGACGGAGCAGCAGCUGAGUGGGAAGCUGUACCUGGUUGACCUGGCUGGGAGCGAGAAGGUCAGUAAGACAGGGGCGGAGGGAUCGGUGCUGGAUGAGGCCAAGAACAUCAACAAGUCUCUGUCGGCCCUCGGGAACGUCAUCUCAGCCUUGGCCGAGGGAACGAAAUCCCACGUGCCGUACCGUGACAGCAAAAUGACUCGCAUCCUGCAGGACUCGCUGGGAGGAAACUGUCGCACCACCAUGUUCAUCUGUUGCUCUCCCUCCAGCUACAACGAUGCAGAGACCAAAUCCACCUUGAUGUUUGGCCAACGAGCAAAGACCAUCCGAAACACUGUAUCCGUGAACCUGGAGCUCACAGCGGAGCAGUGGAAGAAGAAAUACGAAAAGGAGAAGGAGAAGAACAGAUCAAUGAAGGAGAAGAUUCAAAGGCUCGAGGCUGAGCUGAACUGUAGGAGGGACGUUGAGAACGUGUCGGGGCAGUUGAGUGAAGGAUCGGAGGAUGUUCCCCUCGUGCCUCCGGAACCCGAGGAGCCUCUUCUUGACAUCUGCAGCCCGUGCACCCCUUGCUCCAUCACGUCCUCCAUUGUGAUCCGCAUUUCCGAGGAGGAGCGGCAGAAGUAUGAGGAGGAGAUCCGCAGGCUGUACAAACAGCUGGACGAUAAGGACGAUGAGAUCAACCACCAGAGCCAGAUGGUGGAGAAGCUGAAGGAACAGAUGCUCGACCAGGAGGAGCUCUUAGCCUCGUCCAGGGGCGACAGUGAGAAGGUGCAGUCUGAGCUCGGCAGGCUGCAGACGGAGAACCAUUCUGCCAAGGCGGAGGUGAAGGAGGUCCUGCAGGCCCUGGAGGAGCUGGCUGUCAACUACGACCAGAAGAGCCUGGAGGUCUUAGAGAAGAGCAUGCAGAACAAGCUGCUUGCUGAAGAGUUUGAAAAGAAAAUGGAUCACCUGGUGGCCUCGGAGGCGGAGCUGUCCCGCAUCCAGGAAGUGAGCAGCCACCAGAGGAAACGCAUCGCUGAGAUUCUCAACGGGCUCAUGAAGGACCUGAGCGAGUUCAGCACCAUCGUCGGAAACAAGGACAUCAAGCUGCCAAUGGAGCUCACCGGCGUGAUCGAAGAGGAGUUCACCGUGGCUCGCCUCUACAUCAGCAAGAUAAAGUCCGAGGUGAAGUCCAUGGUGAAGCGCUGCCGCCACCUGGAGAACCUUCAGAUGGAUUGUCACCGCAAGAUGGAGGAGACAGGAAGAGAGCUGUCCUCGUGUCACCUCCUCAUUUCACAGCAUGGGGCAAAGAUCCGCUCUCUAACAGAGUACAUGCAGAACGUGGAGCUGAAGAAGAGGCAGCUGGAGGACAGCUACGACUCUCUGAGCGAGGAGCUGGCCAAAGUCCAAGCUCAAGAGAGCGUGUCACAGAUGACCGAUGGCAAGAACCCGACGUCUGUCCUGGACUGCAGCGAUAUAAAGGUUGUCCCUCAGAGGGCUCUGGAGCAGCAGAUGGAGUCGCACCGGGAAACACAGAGCAAACAACUUGGCCACCUGAGAGACGAGAUCAACGAGAAGCAGAAGAUCAUCGACGAGUUAACGGACUGUAACCAGCGGCUGCAGCUGGAGCUGGAGCAACUGCACGAUGACUUUGAACGUCUCAGGGGCCGAGAGCAUCACAAGAGCCGGCAGCUGGAGGACCUGACAUUUCUCCACGAGCGACAUGAGCAGUCGAAGCAGGACCUCAAAGGGCUGGAGGAGACGGUUGCCCGCGAGCUGCACAGCCUGCACAACCUCCGCAAGCUCUUUGUUCAAGACCUCACGAGUCGGGUGAGAAAAAGCGCAGGGAUAGGGCCUGAUGGGGGAUACAUCACCCAGAAACAGAAGAUUUCCUUUCUUGAAAACAACCUGGACCAGCUUACAAAAGUUCACAAACAGCUGGUGCGUGACAACUCAGACCUUCGCUGUGAGCUUCCGAAACUGGAGAAGCGUCUUCGGUCUACAGCCGAGCGAGUCAAGGCGCUGGAGGGGGCGCUGAAGGAGGCGAAGGAGGGCGCCAUGCAGGACCGCUGCCGCUACCAGCAGGAGGUGGAGCGGAUCAAAGACGUCAUGAGGGCCCGCAAUCCCUUCCGCCGGCCCCAUGCUGCACAGAUCGCCAAGCCGGUGCGUCCGGGCCACUACCCUCUCUGCUCUCCCAGCAACCCCGUCUUCAUCCGAGGCUACAGCGAACACCCCGCCGCCUUCUGCAACGCCGUUUUCCACAACAGCAACAACCACCAGGCAGCGGAGUCUGCUGCUCCUGCAACGCCAAAGAGCGAGGCCCGGCUACCAGAGGCCGACUCCAACAGGAACAGCCCCGGCAAACAGCCCGAGCCCCGGAACAACGAGGCACACGACACACUGGUUUGUGCUGUUUGCAGACUUCCAGCUGAAGCCACGAGCCAAGCUGCCAACAACACAGCAGAGAUGCUCGACUCAGAAAACGGAAACACCACCGAUAUCAAUGACAACAGCUUGAGUCUGAAUGUGAAUUCUGUGUCCAGAACUGAAGUCUGCGACAAUCAGGACCCAGCCAAACUCUACAGCCUGCAACAGGAGGCCUCUGCCAGCUAA